UGUUACGGUAGAUUGUGAAAACAAUCACUCUAGCCUAGGCCAACACGAUUUUGAUCGGCUGCUGCUGCCUGAAAUUGUUUUGGACAUUCUUCUUCUGUCAAGUUUCUUGUUUCACCAAGGACUAAAUUAAACCCAAAUCACCUUGUGAACCUUGAUACCGUUGCGUUAUAAGUCUAUCGCUUUUUCACCGACCCUAGUCACUCUACUUUCAAGAAAAUGUUUCGAUCAGUUUCGCGAAUACAUGCAGCUGCGUUAGCGAGAGUUGGAAGAAGAUCAGACAGGGGAGUUCCCCCGGCGGCCCCGAGGGCGAGGCUCUGGCCCAGUCGACGCGGUUUGGGUUCUGAAGCAACUCCUUCCGAAUCGUCUGCGGCGGGUGCAAUCGGAAGUGUGGAUACAAUUUAUACAACGCCAGAAGAACACAUGGAAAUGAGGAGAGCCCUUAAAAAGCUGAUUGACAAGGAGAUCAACCCAUAUGUUGACCAAUGGGAGGCAGAGAAUAAUUUUCCUGCUCAUGAGGUAAUGAAGAAACUUGGAGAAGCCGGUUUCUUGGGCAUUACCAGACCAACAGAGUAUGGUGGCCUUGGAUUGGAUUAUACGUACUCUGUAGCGUUUGGUGAGGAGCUGGGUGGUAUAACCUGCGGAGGCGUCCCUGGCGCCGUCGGGAUUCAAACUGAUAUGGCCACUCCAGCUCUUGCCAGGUUUGGAUCGGAUGAGUUGAAGAGGAAUUUUUUAGCUCCUACCAUUGCCGGUGAUAUGGUAGCAUGUCUUGGAGUAAGCGAACCAAUGGCAGGAUCAGAUGUAGCGAACAUUAAGACCAGAGCUGAGAAGAAGGGAGAUGAUUAUGUAAUCAAUGGUAGCAAGACCUGGAUAACCAACGGUCAUCAAGCAGAUUGGAUAUGUCUUCUGGUCAAUACUGGAGAUGGACCGUCACACAAGAAUAAAUCACUCAUCUGUGUACCUCUGGAUUCUGAAGGUGUUACCAGGGGAAGAAGAAUUGACAAGUUGGGCAUGCAUUGUUCCGACACGGCGGAGCUUUUCUUUGAAGAUGUGCGUGUCCCCCAGAGUAAUGUGAUUGGUCAAGAGGGGGCAGGCUUUUUUUAUCAGAUGUUACAAUUCCAGGAAGAGAGGUUGUUUGUGGGAGCCGGGGUCCUCCUACCAUUGGAUAUGAUGAUAGCUGAUACCAUUGAAUACACCAAGAAUAGGAAGGUGUUCGGCAAGUCAGUACUUGACAAUCAAGUGGUUCACUUUAGAUUGGCCGAGCUACAGACGGAGGUCGAGCUUCUCAGAUCACUCCUCUACAGAGCAACGGCCCUUUAUGUCCAGGGACAGGAUGUGACCAGACUUGCAUCAAUGGUCAAGCUCAAAGCUGGACGUCUAGUUCGUGAGGUCAGCGAUGCUUGCCUGCAAUACUAUGGUGGAAUGGGCUUCACAUCAGACAUGCCUAUUUCAAGAUACUACAGAGAUACAAGGAUACUUUCUAUCGCUGGCGGUGCCGAUGAAGUCAUGCUUGGUAUCAUCUCCAAAUACAUGGGAUCUCUACCAAAAUGAAUCAAAAGAUGGAUUUCUUACAGUGUAUCCAGACUCUGAAUGCAGUAAUGUUGCAUUGAAAGUUAUUGUAAUUUACUAUGUUGUA